UCGCUCGUCAGUUGUUUUCGUUCUUUCCAGUUUGUUUUGUACACAAUUUACGAUUAAUAGGUGACAUCGUGACAAUAGUUUGUUUGUUCCUAGUGUUCUAGAUUCCUUAAACAGUUUCUUCAAAGCACCUAAGAAGUAAUUAUUCUUGGUUGUGCAACGUACUCUAAUUUGUUUUGGAUAAGUUAUUCGUUUUAACCAUGUAUCACAGUAGUACACAGCGAAAGUUUUGGACUUUCGCAAACGAAGAAGAACUUCAGUCUCAUCGGAGAACAGCUCGCCGGCGCUUUGUGCAGGAGCGAUUGGACCGCAAGGACUGUUCAGCUGUCAAGUCCCUCGCGAGCGAUACUCGACCUCACACUCCGGAUAACCCCGCUGUUGCAUCCAUGUUUCUUUCCAUUGAAGAAGAAGCUGAAUUAUGUCGAUUUUACCAAACGAUGCUGCGAGAUUUUUGUUCCAAAUUUAAACCGGAACUGCCACGCUCCACGAUUGCGACGGGAUUUGCUCUUUUCCAGCGUUCUUACGUUAACGAAAGCGUCAUGCGAUUGCAUCCUAAAUAUAUGAUGAUAACUUGCAUGUGGAUUGCAGUGAAAGCUGAUGAGUACCAUAUUACGAUGGAACAGUUUGUGGCUCAUCUGCGCGGUGAUCGACAGAAGGCGAUAGAUAUCAUUUUAAAUAACGAGCCGUACGUUAUGAAGCGACUUCAUUAUCAUUUAAUGGUACAUCUGCCGUACCGAGCUAUGGAGGGUUUCCUGAUCGACAUUAAAACCCGCUUCGGGGAAUUCUUUAAGAAGCCAGAUCGAAUGAGGCCUGGUGCUGACAAAUUUCUGGAAGGAUCUAUGUUUUCCGAUACUUUGUUAUUAUGGUCGCCGUCUCAAAUCGCUUUGGCGGCACUGUUCCAUGCUGCGGAAGAGCUGAAAGAGGAUCUUACUGAUUACGUUGAGAAAAUUCUAGUGCAGAAGCCUAUUGGUAAGCCAUUUGCGGAGUCUGGGGAUAGUAUGGACAAAGCGGAAGAAGCCAAAGAACAAGACGAUGCUGCCGCUGGGAGUCAAACAAGUAUUCACCUUUUGGCAGUGAUCGAUGCUAUCCGUCAUCACGUAAAGGAAUCGGCAAAAUUAGUACCGAACAAAGACCGAAUAAAGAAGAUUGAAGCGAAAUUAGAGGGUUGUCGGGAUCCUGCAUUUAAUCCCGAGACAGAGGAGUAUCAGAAGCGGAUAAAUGCCAUGAUGCAGUUACAGCUGGAGGCUGAUACUGGAUUUGACUGAAUAUUAGAGUGAAUUAGGUUUCCUGUCUGGGAUUUAAAUUUUUGUACUCGUAAUUAGUUCAUAACUUCGUAUUAAUGACCAUUUGCUUUCCGGUUGCUCAUUUGGGCUGAAAAUGUUUCUGAAGACGGAUCACAAGAGAAAUAACGAUCUCGCUAAUUAUUCAAUUUGGAGCCUAUUAUUAUUGUUGGCGCUAUCGCCUAUCUGCUAUUUGACAGAUAGUAUUAUGAUAUUCUGAACCUCGUCGUGGGUUAUACAAUUUUGAUGGGCUUUCUUUAUU